UAAGUGAUGGGGUGGUGAGGGAGAACGAGGAGCAGAAUCCUCACCAGGAAGAUGCUCAGCUAGCCGAAGCGCAUGGGGCAUUACUGCGAAGAUCCAAAGGGGAUGUGUCCAGGCACCAUGAGCCGGGAAAAGCUGGUGAAAGUUACCACAGACCAGAGAGAGAGCAGGGAAACCAUUCAGAGGAGAGAGUGGAUGAACCCAUGAAUUGUCAGGAAACUCAAAAGGACCUCAAGGAAAGUACAUCCCAGGAGAAAAUCCUCAGGGAAAAGAGAGAGAAUACAUGCAGUGAGUGUGGAAAAAACUUCAAUUACCGCUCAGCCCUUAUUCGACAUGAGAUAAUCCAUACGAAAGAGAGACCGUAUGAAUGCUGUGAGUGUGACAAAAGCUUCAAUCAUACCUCAGCCCUUAUUAGACAUCAGCGAAUACACAGAGGAGAGAAACCCUAUGAAUGCUGUGAGUGCGGGAAAAGCUUCACUCAGAGCUCAGACCUUUCUACCCAUCAGAGAAUCCAUACGGGGGAGAGACCCUAUGAAUGCGGUGAGUGCAGGAAAAGCUUCAAUUACCGCUCAGCCCUUCUCUCUCAUCAGAGAAUCCACACAGGAGAGCGACCCUACGAAUGCUGCGAGUGCGGGAAAAGCUUCACUCAGAGAUCAGCCCUUAUCUCUCAUCAGAGAAUCCACACGGGAGAGCGACCCUAUGAAUGCUGCGAGUGUGGUAAAAGCUUCACUCGAAGCUCAAACCUUACUACGCAUCAGAGGAUCCACACAGGAGAGAGACCCUAUGAAUGCAGUGAGUGCGGGAAAAGUUUCACUGACAUCUCCUCCCUUAUCUCUCAUCAGAGAGUCCACACGGGAGAGAAACCCUUUGAAUGCUCUGAGUGUGGGAAAAGCUUCUCUCAGAGCUCAACCCUUAUUACACAUCACAGAAUCCACACAGGACAGAGACCCUAUGAAUGCUGUGAGUGUGGGAAAAGCUUCACUCAGAGCUCAGGCCUUAUCUAUCAUCAGAGAAUCCAUAGAGGAGUUAAACUUCAUAAAAACCUUCUCUAGAACUGUCAGAAGAUUUUUUUUCUUUUAUUCUUUUGACAGUUCCCAGGUAGUGACUGUUACGGCUGUUUUGCAUCUUUUGCACACUGUAGUCCCUCAGCUCCCACACAGGAGUUGCCCACUUUUGAAGCCUGCCCUUCUUUGGGGUGGAUCCUAUGGUCCUUUCUAUCAACUCCAUUGUCCUGCGAGUCAUGGGAGUGUGUGUCCUUUCUACCAGGAAUGUCCAUCACCCCUGAUGGGGGAAAUAAGGG